AUGGACGUCGACCAUGCGUCUGGAUCAGAGCCAGUUCGCUACAUCCGCAGCCGCAUUGCCAAUGCGUGCGAUGGAUGCAAGACGCGCAAGGUAAAGUGCGAUGGGAAGCUGCCGUGCGGAUUCUGCGUUGCGAGGCAGAGAUCGCAUACAUGCCGCUAUUCACCGCAGAAGAGGCGACGGCAGUCGCAGCACCAGAAGCUGCCAAAGUCGCCUCCAUCGUCUGUCCGGGAAUCGCGGGAUCGGUCGGCCAGGGGCGGGUCAUCGGUGCGGUCGCCGUCGCCGAUAGAGACGCCGGGAUCGAUGGCAGCCUCGAGGCGCGUGUCUUCGGUGGCUGGCCCUUCGUCGCCGGCAAUGGGGAGUGAAAAACAGCAGAGUCGAAUACUUUCGUUGUCAUCGGCUUCGGCGCUGCACCAGAUUCAGGAGCCAUCCGUGGCGGAGGACGAGACUGAAGUGCAGCGAGAGGCCCGACUGCUGUGUGACGCCCAUGGGAAGCUGACCUUCAUUGGCGACUGUGCGCCGCUGUCCUUUUUCCAGUCGGUGCGGAGGCUCGUGACGAACAGAAUCGGUCAGAAUGCCUUUGCGCCGCAAACGAGUGGAUUCUCGGUCCUGGAAAAUGCACCGGCACGACAAACCAAGCGGUCUUUGAGAGACCCGAGAAUACCGGAAGUUCGACCUGCGACUGUUGCACCCGCUGUGUCGACGUAUUUGUCGACGACGGCGAGUUUGGUGGACUUGUUUGACAACUCAAAGCUGCUGGAUGACUUGAUCAUAUGGGCAAACCUGGAGCAGAAGCCAGAUAACGUAACAACGAUAAUUCACUUCCUUGUUCUCGCUAUUGGGCUGCAGGCGGAUGACGAUGCGCUGUCCCAGCAGUAUUUUGAGUAUGCUCGUGAUUUGGCAUACACCGACCUGAGCGACAGUCUUGGCGUAGAGACAGUUCAGGCAUUCAUUCUGGUUACGAUUUACAUGUUGUGCUCGUGCCAGAUCAACGGGGCUUUCCUCUUCUUUGGCAUUGCUGCGAGGGCAGCCUACUCAAUUGGCCUGCACCGGACCGAAGUGAACGCUCGAUUUGGACUGGAUAUUCAUCGCCAGCGAGAUCGCCUCUGGAAGAGCCUGCGUGUGCUUGACCUCUUCCUUAGCAGUUCCAUGGGACGGCCGCCCUCGACAUCAGACGUGGAUUGCACUGUUCCGUACCGUGCAGUGGAUGCUGAUGGGAAUGAAGUAUUUAACUUGCUCAAUGCGUCUGUGCAGAUCCUGGUUAUACUGGAAUGUAUCAUCUUGGAGAUUUACUCGCGCAAGAAGAUUUCUAUGCGGUUAACCGAGGGAAUCUCUCUUCAGCUGCGCGAAUGGUCCGGACGAUGGCUCAGUCCGCUGAAGGAUAUGAUUGCGCAGCCCGCGGACCGCAAUGAAGCCCAGGUAACAGGAGCUUGUCAGGUGCUGUCGUCAUAUUACUACGCGGUAAUGCUUGUGUCACGGCCAUUCCUGAUGUACGAGCUCUUUCAGCGGCUUACGGAUGGGUCGUCUGCAUCAAACAGUAGACCGGCACUUGCUUCGGGACGAUCAAAGUUGGCGGACGCUUGCAUUGACGCUGCGAGCUUGAUGGUGGACCCCGUCUUGGACUUGAUAGAAAGAGGCAUCCUGAACGGGAAAGCUCCUUUACUUGUCUCGUGGCUUUUCGCUGCGUCCCUUGUUCUUGGUGUUGGUCUUCUUGGCGGGUUCAGCCGUAUCCUGGAAAAGUAUACGCGGAUGUCUAUACAAGCCAUGGACCACCUUGCUCAAAACGAUGCCCAUGCGCGGCAAUACUCCCUUAUUGCUCAGUCGCUGCUCACAACGGCGCUGGAGCAUCUGGAGAGACAGGACCUUCAGGAUCGAAUGCGCCGCACGGAAAACUCGAGUCAUUUGUUCGGCCUAGUGGCACCGGAUGCGAGAUCGCCUCUAAAUAAAUCCCCGGCGCCGCUGAGGGAUAUCAACUUGCAUGCCAAGACUCCAGAUGCGGCAGCGGCUAAUGCUAAUAACAUCCGCGCCUCAUUGGAUAGAUCUGUCUUGCAGAGUCAGAGUUUAGCGAGUGGGCCGUCUCCUCGAAUGGGAGAGAUGGAUUCCAUGUUCUUGGGUCUAUCGGAGCCGAUGCUGCAUACACCUGAUACUACGUAUUGGGACGGGAUUGUGGGUAACGACGACGACCCAAAUUCUGCUCUAAAUUUGUUUCCGUUGUUGGAGACGGGAGGAGGUAUAGAUUUGGCCCACUGGCUCUAA